GAGGUCCGGCCCACCUCAGUCGUCAACUGUCAGUCAGUCAUAUAACGUCGGUGUUUCUGCAGGUGCUAGACGCGGUGGUGCAUUGGUCUAAUAACAGUCUAAAAUAAAUAUUUAAAGAUGGCUUCAGCUACAGCUACCUAUGGACAGAAGGAGUCCUCAGACCAGAACUUUGACUACAUGUUCAAGAUCCUCAUCAUUGGAAACAGCAGUGUGGGCAAGACCAGCUUUCUGUUCCGCUACGCUGACGACUCCUUCACGCCGGCCUUCGUCAGCACGGUGGGUAUCGACUUCAAGGUGAAGACCAUCUACAGGAAUGACAAGAGGAUCAAGCUUCAGAUCUGGGAUACGGCAGGGCAGGAGAGGUACAGGACUAUCACCACCGCUUACUACCGCGGAGCCAUGGGCUUCAUCCUCAUGUAUGACAUCACCAAUGAGGAGUCCUUUAACGCUGUGCAGGACUGGUCAACCCAGAUCAAGACUUACUCUUGGGACAACGCGCAGGUCCUGCUGGUGGGAAACAAGUGUGACAUGGAGGACGAGAAGGUGGUGGCAGCAGACCGGGGUAGGCAGCUCUCUGAACACUUGGGGUUCGAGUUCUUUGAGGCCAGUGCCAAGGACAACAUAAAUGUGAAGCAGACGUUCGAGCGGUUGGUGGACAUCAUCUGCGAAAAGAUGUCUGAGAGCUUGGACGCCGCCGACCCGGCCAUCACAGGGGCCAAACAAGGGCCCCAGCUUACCGAGCAGCCCGCAGCCCCCCAACAGGACUGUGCAUGCUAAAGCUUAACGACCCCCCACAUCAACCCAUCCUCAGGUCCCCUCACAACCCCCACUCACCCAUCUCCCCCCAAAUUAACCUAUCACUCCAUACGGGUGAAUGGGUGAAGUUCACUCUGUUUUUCCCAUGAUCCUCUUGUGCCCUCUGCACCCUUUACUCUGGUUGUCACUAGUUACCACAGACACAAAGUCAUAAUUAUGGCUAAACCCCACUUAUUUCUACAAUGUAAAUUCUUCAAAUCUGAUUUUUAACCUAACCUUAACCACACUGCUAACCUUAUGCUUACCUCAAACCUUAAAUUAAGACCAAAAAGCUUUUUUUUUUUUAAAUCAUACAUUUCAUUAGCCAAUUUUGUCUUUGUGACUGUGGUAACUAAAUCAAAUCAAAUUGUAUUUGUCACAUGCGCCGAAAACGGGUGUAGACCUUAUAGUAAAUGCUUACUUACAUGCCCUUAACCAAACAAUGCAGUAAAAAAAUACCUUAAAAAAAAGAAGA